GAAAACAUUGUUCAAUAAUAAUUGAUCAAAUUAGAGACUGAUAGAAUAUUCCAGAGUUACCAAAUAUUAGUGUUAUCACUGUGUAAGAAUCCUUUCCAAAAUGAUUACCUUAUCACAACAUCUCAAACGAAAGACACAAACCAAUGAAGCGACCACCUCAAGAGCCUCUAUUAGAGAUAGACUUUUAGUUAAAGAAGCCCAAGAGAUGGCCCAGCUUCUACCAGCUUGUUGUUCGGUACAUUAUAUGAAUGAACAUGAUUUAAGUAAAUUCAUUCUUAUAGUAAAACCAGCUGAGGGCUAUUGGGAAGGAGGGAUAUUCAGAUUUGAAAUAAGUGUGACUGAUGAGUACAACAUGGUGCCUCCAGUUGUUAAGUGUUCUACUAGGCUAUGGCAUCCAAAUAUCACAGAGUCAGGUGAAGUUUGUUUAUCACUUCUCAGAAGACACAGUGUGGAUGGGAUGGGCUGGUCACCUAUUCGUAGACUGAAUGAUGUUGUUUGGGGCCUACAUGCAUUAUUCACAGACUUACUGAAUUUUGAAGAUCCUCUGAAUGUAGAGGCUGCUGAUAUGUAUAGGCACUCAAAGGAAGAGUUCAAAAUUAAGGUAAUGGAGUAUGUGGCAAAUUAUGCAAAAGAAUGAGAAAUUUCCAUUCUACCAAAAGGAUUAUUAAUAAGUAAUUUAUAAAAAAAAUGUGCCAGAGUCAAACUCUGAUCUCUUGAGACCUAGAAAUAGGUGGAAUAUAGAGAUUUGGCUCUGCAUCUUUAUGAACUACAAGUUAUGUAUUUCAAUUGAUGAAUUUUGCAAGUUUUUGGAAUGGUACUGUACAGUUCAUCACACAUGAUGAUAUCUGAUUUUAAACAUUUUAAAAUGACUAACUAGCUGCAUCUGUUUUUUGUCACUCACUUGAAUACUUGAAGUGGGCCAAAUCAAAUUGGUGAAUUUCAAAAUUUUCUUUCCCUACUACAUUGAAUUGACCCUGAAUACUUGAUCAACUUUCUGUAUAUUGUUUCUGAGUUUUAGUGGUGAUUUGACUCACUCUGUAUAUUAUUUCCUAGUUGAUAAUUAUUGUGAUAACUGUUGCUUUCAACUUUUUUAAAUAUGAAUUAUAAUAAUG